UUCUCUUCUUCCCCGACCUCUCCACACACACAUCCCUUCUCUACCUCAAGUACUCACCCACACUCAAUCACACAAUGGUUUCCUCUCUCGAGCAGCUCAAGGCCACCGGCACCGUCGUCGUCUCCGACUCUGGCGACUUCGAGUCGAUUGCCAAGUACAAGCCCCAGGACGCUACCACGAACCCGUCGCUGAUCUUCGCUGCGGCCAAGAAGCCCGAGUACGCGUCGCUGAUUGACGCCGCUGUCGCGUACGGCAAGGCGCACGGCUCGACCGUCGAGGAGCAGGCCUCGGAGGCGCUCGACCAGCUCCUCGUCGAGUUUGGCCGCGAGAUCCUCAAGAUCGUGCCCGGCCGUGUGUCGACCGAGGUCGACGCCCGUCUGUCGUUCGACAAGGAGGGCACGAUCGCCAAGGCGCUCAAGAUCAUCGAUCUCUACAAGGCGCAGGGAAUCGACAAGGACCGCGUGCUCAUCAAGAUCGCGUCGACCUACGAGGGUAUCCAGGCCGCGCGCGUGCUUGAGUCCAAGUACCAGAUCCACACCAACUUGACCCUGCUGUUCUCGUACGUCCAGGCUGUUGCCUGCGCCGAGGCCGGCUGCACCUUGAUCUCGCCCUUCGUCGGCCGUAUCAUGGACUGGUACAAGGCCUCGACCGGCAAGACCUACACCGCCGAGGAGGACCCCGGUGUGAAGUCCGUGCAAAGCAUCUUCAACUACUACAAGAAGUACGGCUACAAGACCAUCGUCAUGGGCGCUUCUUUCCGCAACACCGGUGAGAUCACCGAGUUGGCCGGUGUCGAUUUCUUGACCAUCUCGCCCAACUUGCUCGAGGAGCUCUACAACUCCGAGGCGCCCGUGCCCAAGAAGCUCGACGCCGCCGCUGCCGCCACGCUCGACAUCCCCAAGAAGACCUACAUCGACGACGAGUCCACUUUCCGCUACGACUUCAACGAGGACCAGAUGGCGACCGAGAAGCUCUCAGACGGAAUAAGAAAGUUCGCGGCCGACACUAUCCUCCUCCUUGACGUCAUCAAGGCCAAGAUCACUGCUUAGGUGUUUGUUUCCAUGUUUACAAAAAUGUUCAAGUCAAGUCUGAAUAAAUGCUCUAUUAUCUAAAU